UUAAACUGGUUCCAGUGUUUCUCCUCUGGUGAUGGAGAAGCAGUGUUUCUUAAAGUCUGUGUUUUUGGUUCCAAAAGAUAAAUUAAUUCUUCCCGUAAUAAAGCCCCUGAACUCAGCUUCUUACACUACAGGGCUCUCAUUUACCUACAACCACAAUAUCCUGCUUCAAAAGCAGAACACGUCAUCAGCUUGCUGUUGGCCAUGGUUUUCCUGUUGCUUUAGCGAAAGAAGGCUUUUUAUACGAGCUCUGCCCAACGCUGUGUGCCGUGCCGAGGAGCCGUGAAGAUGAUUUCAUAUUGUCCCAUAUGUGGAAAGCCUGUUUACUUUGCUGAGAGGAAGCGUUCUCUAGGCAAAGACUAUCAUCCCCUUUGUCUGAAGUGUUACCAGUGCAAACGGCAGCUCAGCCCCGGCCAGCACGCAGAGUAUGAUGACAAACCCUACUGCAAUCACUGCUACCUGCAGCACUUUGGACCAAGAGGAACAAGACGGCCAACGUCUCGCUCAUCUCUUGGGGCAGCUUCCUCUUCCAAAGUUCCAGUGGGAAACCAGAACAACUCCUAGAUGGCCCUGCUUUAAUAUUCAAAACUCGGAGACUCAUUACUGGACUGUGAUAAAGUAGCAAGAUGGCAUUGUACUUUUACCCACAGACUAAGAAAAAUGCAGCUGAAGAAGAAUGUUGCUUCUGAGAAUGACUGAUAAUCAGACAAGUCAUAAGAGAACAUGCUUCUAAACUGAAAUCCCUCCUACUGCAGAUUAAAAUUGUGCUGUGAUAAAUGAAUUUUAAUGAGCUACAAUGAAUUUUAAUGGGAUAUAUUCUUGUUUGUGUGAAGGGGACAUAUUCAUAGCAUCGACUUGAUUUUCUAACAGCUUAGAAAUUGUUGGUUUACUCAUCUGUUACCUGAAUUGACACUGAAAUCUGUAAAUAAUGAUCUCUUUACCAGUAUAAUCGACUUCCAGGUGGAAACUUUCUCAGCAAUGAUCGAUAGGUGUCUCCAAUUAUUCCCCGGUUGGACAGCUCAGAUGUACAAAUCUCUUCACCUCAUCUUCUCCAGUAGGGCAAAAAGCUGGAAGCUUGGAACACAUUACUAUCAAUAUUUCCCCAGCUUUCUUCGCUGAAUCUGUCUUUGACUGGCAGCUGUUGAGAAUGUCAGCACAUGCCUUGGGUUACUCUACUAAGAAAUGGUCAUCUCUA